GCGGGAAAACAGUCGAACUCAUAAAAAGCAGCCUUUGAAUAAAUUUACUUGUGACUGGUGACUUCGAGUUGUAGACUAUCAUUGCUCUCGCACGCUCUUAUUAAUUCCACCUUCAGACAUCAAUCAAAUACCAACUCUUCAUUUUGCAAGAAACGAUGCAGUGUAAUCGGACGAAGUCAAAAAGCACACAUUCCCCACGAGACUGGCCAGCGUAUGAUUAGUUGCGAGGGCGGACAGAGAGUGUACUAUAGAUAACCAUUGUGAAUAUAAGGUUUAUUUUUUGUUAAUGUCUAAUCGUAUCUUGUUUCCACGAUGAAACGCAGAACCAUUGGACAGAUUUUGAAAGCGAACCCGAGCUGGAACUACCUCUCGGGCCGGACGACGCCCGGUGACCAGGAGGAAUCGAACGUGUCGAAUAGCUGUGGUAACAACAGCUCACCAAACAUGGAAAUGACCAGGAAGGAAAUGGGGGGCUCGGUGAAGAAAUCGAAAAUAGCCAUGAAGAUGAUUCAAUCUAUGUACAAGAAUGCUCAUGCCAAAGAGGAAUGUGUCUUAGAAGACCUGGAAACAGGGCAAGAUUGCUGGGACGCCAACGAAGGCUUAAAAGAGGGUGUUAAUCUAAGUUUCGACGAGUUUCUCACAGGCCUGAACCUGGACCCGGAGCGGCUCCACGCCUUGGAUGGCAAGGGAGCGAGCUUCCUGCACCACGCCGCCAAGGCCGGCAGAAAGGACCUGGUCGACUACCUCGUCGAUCGCGGGCUGGAUAUUAAUGAGGUGGAUGAGGAGGGUAGCACACCCCUACACUGGGCCGUGGAGAGCGGACAAGCCAAGAUCAUCAAUGCGCUCAUUGGGAUGGGUGCUAAGACAAACAUACUGAACAAGUUAAAGAUGGCGCCCCUUCACCUGGCGUGUGAGAUCAAUGGCGUGGACGCAAUAGAGGCAAUUUGUCGCCAGCCUGAUUGUGAGAUAAACAUACGGGGAGAGUUCGGCCAAGUACCAAUUCACUAUUGUGCGAUGAAAGACAACUUAGAAGCAGCAAAGAAACUGAUCGAGUUUUCACCCAUGCUUUGUAUGAGUGAUAACAAUGGAGUGUACCCCAUCCACUGUGCUGCUACACAUGCCUCCAGAAAGGUACUGGAUAUACUUCUAACGGAAGGUAAAAACUUGGGCUACACCCGUGAAGCGCUUCUCAACCAAAAAGAUAAAGAGAAAUGCACGGCUCUACACUCAGCCGUGAACGGAGGGAGCGAAGACGCGGUAGCAAUGUGCCUAGAAUAUGGCGCUUGCCUGGAUAUACAGCAGGAUAACAAAUGCACCCCGCUCCAUCUUGCCUGCGGACAAGGAGCAUUGCGCAUCGUGGAGAUUAUGCUGUCAAACUAUAAGACGGAAAACACACUGGAAAUGCAAGAUAUAGAAAUGAUGACCCCACUACACAAGGCCGCUAUGUUUGAUCACAUCGAUGUCGUCAAGUACUUACUAGAACAGGGCGCAGACAUGGACGCCGAGGACAUCGAAAAUCGCACGCCGCUACUCCUGGCGGCCUCGAAGCGAGCAUGGCGGUCUGCACGGCACCUCCUCUCGAAAGGCGCCAAUCUUUUCGUCACAGACGCCGAAAGUCGUAACGUUCUACACAUCGCCAUCAUACACGGCGGAAAUAUUAAAGAGCUCAAAGUCUUCGCUAACACGCAGGACACGUUUGCGAGCCUUCUGAAUGAGCGAGACUCUCACGGCUGUACACCGAUGCAUUACGCUACACAGCGAGGUAACAUCGUAUGUGUAGAAAGCCUGAUUGAUCUCGGAGCUACGGUCAAUCUCAAAAACAAGGCAAAGCAGUCCCCUCUUCACUUCGCCGCUAGAUACGGACGACUGAACUCCAUCAAGCGACUCCUGGAUAGCAAGAUAGGACCGAACAUCAUCAACGAUACAGACGGAGAGGGGAUGACAGCCCUACACAUCGCCGCUCUGUUCGGCCAUCAGAAGGUGGUACAGCUGCUGCUCCUCAGGGGUGCUCUGCUACACAAGGACUAUAAAGGCAGAACGCCGUUCCACCUGGCUGCCAUGGGCGGGUACAAGGAAACCAUGGAUAUCCUGUAUUCAACACAUGGACAUCUGCUGGACCAAACCGAUGACUGUGGGAACGCACCAAUCCUGCUCGCGGCCCAGGAAGGCCAGAUUACCGCUGUGACAUACCUUCUCGAUCACGGGGCCGCUGUCGACAUCGUUAACUGUGCCGGCGAUGGUAUCAUGGACAUCGUCUUUGACACGCAUAAUAAGGACGUUGCAAUCGCCAUCGUUCUACAUAAACGGUGGGAUGAGCUAUUGAUAUGCACAAUGAGUGAUACGAACCCGAUAGCUCGACUCAUACAACAUAUGCCCGAUGUAUUCACGAAAGUGUUGGAUCGCUGCCAAACAGUUUCCGAUCUCGAGCCCGGACAUCCCGAAUACUGGAGACGAUAUGAUUUCAAAUAUCUGCAGAUUCCGGUGAAAUGCCGUCGUAAAUGGCUCAAGGACUACAGUGUUCUUUAUCCUCUGCCUACCUUGAAUGCUAUGGUGAAGUAUAAUCGUGUGGAGCUUCUAAGUCAUCCCGUCUCUAUCAAGUAUUUGGACAUGAAAUGGAAGGCAUACGGGGCCAUGAUGCACACCCUCUACACCUCGAUAUACCUGGUGUUCUUGGCCAUACUAACCAGUUUCGUAUGCACGACCGAUCCGAGACCACACCAUAACGUGUCAAUGACCGGCCAUCCUGAUCUUCAUAUCAAAAGAAACGCGCUCACGGAUUUCCAGUACAUCUGCGUCAUAAUUAUCAUUUUCUACUGCGGGGUAAACAUAAUCAAAGAAUUUCUGCAACUCUCUCAGCAGAAAUGGCGUUAUUUCAUCGACCCGACUAACUACAUGGAAUGGGCACUUUACAUCACCUCCGCCAUGUUUGUAGGUCCUUUCCUCAUUCAGGAUGACACUCCAACAACUCACAGUCAGUGGGUAUUCGGUGCAUUCGCCAUUUUCUUCGCUUGGUUCAACCUGCUGCUUUACCAACAAAAGGUUGGAAGCAUUGGUAUCUACGUGGUCAUGUUCCUACAAAUCCUGAAGACCUUGGUCCGUGUCAUGUUCGUCUUCAUGAUCCUCGAGGUCGCAUUCGCAAUGUCCUUCUACAUUCUCAUGAAACAAGAGGACAAUAAUGCCUUCGACAGACCUCAGUAUGCCGUCAUGCGUGUGAUGACAAUGAUGAUGGGGGAGUUAGACUACCUCAAUUCGUUUGUUCGUCCUAUCUAUGAUGACAAUGAUUACACCCAACAUUAUUCAGAGAUUGCACUCAUCUUUCUCCUCGCUCUUUGCGUGCUGCUGCCAAUCUUAUUGAUGAACCUCCUGAUCGGUUUGGCUGUCGGUGACAUCGCAGCCGUCCAGCGCGACGCUCAGCUUAAGAGACUCGCCAUGCAGGUCGAACAGUAUACCGACGUCGAGACUCGACUUCCAUUCAGCUUCAUCGAGCGAGUCGACAAGGACUUCGUUACUCUUUACCCCAACAAACAACUUGGAUGGAUGAUCAAGAACUGCAUGCAUUUGGUGACAACGAUAAGUGCUGAGGAAGAGCAGGAACAGCGUUCUGCCAGUUCUGAAUUCAGCCCAGGACAUUUUCAAGGGGAGGUCGCCAAACUCAAGCGCAAACUGAAGGAUAUGUCGGGGAUGAUGGACAAGCAAUACGAGCUGAUGCGGCUGGUCGUUCAGAAGAUGGAGAUCAGGUCGGAGGCUGAUGAGAAAGAUGAAGGAACAUGUGAGGACGCCCUCAUGAUGCGACCUAGAUCAGCCAGGCUAAACCUAAGCCAGGUGGUUCGGUUAGCCACCAUGAAAGGCAAAGCGAGUCCCGUGCAGAAGCGGUUGAGACCCGACAGCGCCGGCCGCAACAGCCGACCGGGCUCCGCUGACCGCCUCAGCCCAUCAUCAGUAAUCAGUACACUCAGCUCACAGGGCUCCACCUCUCCAUUGAAAGUGAUCCUUCCCGCCGAGCCCUCCUUCUAAUCAUCAGGGGUGUUAAUGAGCACUACUCCCCCCCCCCCCCCUCAAUCAACCUCCUUUAAGUAACAAAAGAAAAGAAGAGGAUUCGGGGGGGGGGUGGCAUCUAACAACAUUCCCCCUUUUGAGUAAGAAAAUUGGGGGAAAUAGGGAAGAAUAGGAAGAAUCGAGAAAAUGAGGGGAAAAUCGGGAAAAUCAAGAUAAAAUCGGGAAGAAGAAAAAAAAAGUCGGGGAAAAAAAAGUUGGGAAGAAAAAAAAAUUGGGGCAAAAUAAAUAAAUCGGGUUUUUAUCAGACCUGAAUUAUGGACCCCGGUUGUGUCUUCAAUUUCUCAGCGAGGUAAUAGCUUAGUAAUUUUGGUCCACAGCCGAAUAUUGUUCUUACUAAAGCAAGUGUAUAUUCACCUUGAAAAGACCCUGCCAAAUGCAUUGGAUAAACUCUGUCAACGUUUCCGAACAGGAAAUGCAAGACCGUCGCGAAAAGCAAAACGAAAUGAAAAUGAAACGAACAAACAAAACGAAGAUUACAAUUGGUUCCUAAGAAGCUCGUACCUAUUUUGAACAAGCCAGAAGUUUCAAAAUGUGAUGAUAGCUAGGUUUCAGAGGGUGCCCCCCCCCCCCAACAAACACCUAAUUGUUUGACGACUAUAACGCCGAAAUAAAGAAUAAAAACAUUAAUACAAAUAUGAUUACCAAAAACUCAACAGUUUUAUUUCACGCCGAG